UACGCUAAUGUUGACAACAAACAUGGCGUCUUCAAUGUCACUGCUCGGUUUGGGACGUUUAUCUUCGCUUAAUUUAACUUCAAAAAUACUCCUGAAUACCUCCAGGUCUGCAAGCACAUCAGCACCAAGGCUGGCAGAGAAACCAGGACAAGACACGCAACUUAUUACAGUUGAUGAGAAACUGGAUAUAUCCCUUCUCACAGGGGUCCCAGAGGAGCAUAUCAUAACCCGAAAGGUUCACAUCUAUGUCCCUGCCAAAACGGCCAUGCAGUCUGGGAUCAACAACACCAAGAAGUGGAAGAUGGACUUCGACACCAGAGAACGCUGGGAGAAUCCACUGAUGGGCUGGUGCUCCUCGGCGGAUCCUUUAUCCAACAUGGUGCUUUCCUUCUCCUCUAAAGAAGAUGCAGUUGCUUUUGCUGAGAAAAAUGGUUGGAGCUAUGAAGUCACAGAGAAGAGGACCUCAAAGCCCCGAGUGAAAUCUUAYGGGGCAAACUUCUCCUGGGAUAAGAGGACCAGGAGGUCCGCUAAGUAAACGGAAGACCCAUCUGUUAGUUUGUCCUCCGUGUGUCUCACAGCAGACUUCUAUCAGCCCUGUCAAUAAAUGCAUAAUUAUAUAAACAAAAGCUAAA